AUGUUAAAUCAGCAAAUGAAGAAAUAAGUAGGGUCAGUUCAUCAAUAAAAGUCGGAAGAUAUGAAUCGAAGAGUCGUAACAGAGAUGGAGGAGAUGGAUCAAGAGAUGAAAACCUUGCAAGACAUCUCAAAUCUAAAAGCUCAUUUGAAGAUGAAUCAGAUUGUGAAAUAACCCUUCAGGAAAAAUAAAGAUGAACCUAUUACAUCCUUUUAAGUUGCAAAAUUUGAGAAUCAACUAAAAUAAAUACAACAAUAGACUAUCAAAUAGUAGAUACGCAAACCACUCUCGAUUGAAAAGAACAGUGCUAAAUCAGUGUUGAUGCCAACAUCCACUGAGAGACAUGAUUAUACCAAUUUCACAUACACAAAUCUGAAAGUUGUUGGAAGCGGAUCCUUUGGUGUUGUACACAAAGCUAAAGUAAAUGAGACAGGGGAAUUUGUGGCAAUAAAAAAGGUCUUACAGGAUCGAAGAUAUAAAAAUAGGGAGUUGCAGAUAUUGUAAGAAUUAGAUCAUGUCAAUGUUCUCAAAAUGAAACAUGCAUUCUACACUCCUGCUGAAAACAAAGAUGAAAGCUACCUUCAUGUUGUAAUGGAGUACUUUCCUGAUACUCUUUACUCCUUCAACAAAUCGUUUAUAAAGGAUUUUAAAAAGAUGCCUGAUGUUCUAGUCAAGUUAUUUAGUUACUAAUUGUUAAGAUCGAUUGCAUAUAUUUCAUUAUUGGGUAUAUGUCAUCGAGAUAUCAAACCACAUAAUGUUUUAGUUAACCCAGAGUCCAAUAAAUUAUAGUUAUGCGAUUUUGGAAGUGCAAAAAAAUUAAUUAAAGGAGAACCUAAUAUAGCUUAUAUAUGCUCUCGAUGUUAUAGAGCUCCUGAAUUGAUUUUCGGAGCAACAGAUUAUGACACUCAGGUUGAUGUUUGGUCAGUAGGUUGUGUUAUAGCAGAAUUAAUUAAUGGAGAACCACUUUUUUUGGGAGACUCUGCUGUUGAUUAAAUGGUUGAGAUUGUUAAGGUACUUGGAACUCCCACAAAAGAAUAAAUACUAAGUAUGAAUAGGGAUUAUGAUGUAUUAUCAAAUUAGUUUGCUAAAAUCAAACAAAGAAAAUGGAAUAAAGUCCUAAAAACAAAAGAUACCAAGGCCAUCGAUUUAGUUUCAAAAUUACUCACUUUCUGUCCAAAGACUAGGCUUACACCAUUUUAGUCUUUAGCUCAUCCUUAUUUUGAUGAACUGAGAGACAUUGGUUAGUUAAAAAGCCUAUAAAAUUAGAUGAAGAUUAGCAUUCCAGAACUUUUCAACUUCUCUAAUGAAGAGAUGUGUAGAAUGACGUAAUAAGAAAUGAUUCAAUUAAUACCUGAUUGGUAUGGAAUUUCAUCUAAAAUAGUCAAAACAGAAUGUUGA